AGAGGGUAGGGGGUGGGGGCUGGGAGUUAGCAGGAAGGUUCCUGGUCACCUUGAGCUUUGGCUUAAGAGAGUGUGCAAGAACCUCAAGGGUUGGCUCCAGGACUGUGUUGUCCAUGCAUGUGUGUCUGCCAUGGCCGAUACCCGCUCUGAAUUCCCUGGUUAGAGUGAAAGUGAAAUAGAAGCCAGUACUUUCCCAGAAAGUACAUUCUGUCCUUCCCAGAACCAGCUCUGGCCAGUUGUCAGCUCUCACUCUAUUACAGGAAACAAUGAAGAGAGCACUGCCUCCCUAUGAGACUAGGUAAGUCCCCAACCCCUCUUUAUGCGUCAGUUUCUCCAUCCCUAUAAUGAAGGGUUUAGAUUGGACUAGGACGGGGCUGCGGAGCUUACAGGAAGGACAGGGCCUCACGUGUAACUGGGAUCUAGACAAGCUACUGAAGAUAAAGGAGGAGGAGUUCAUCAUUUUCCCUCAUCGCCCUGCAGAGAAAGGGGGAAGUUGUCACAGAUAUAGAGCCAGGCGCACCAGCACCUGACACAUGCAUCAUGACCCUGAGACAGCACUGGACACCAGACCCCAGUCCCUUGUGGGUACUGCUUCUGUGUGCCCACAUCAUCACUCUCCCAGCCAGAGCCACGCCUAUACCACCAACCACCACAGCUGCCACUGCCUCAACUGAGAUCGCCCGGGACCCUUGCCCCUGCCGGCCUCCAACAGUCCCAGCAGCUAAUCAGUGCCCUACAUUGUCGAUGACCUGGCCAGAGGUGGAAGUACCACUGAAUGGAACGCUGACCUUGUUCUGUACUGGCUGCAGCCGCUUCCCUCACUUCAGCAUCCUCUACUGGCUGGGCAAUGGUUCCUUCAUCGAGCACCUCCCAGGCCGGCUGCGGGAAGGCAGCACCAGCUGGGAGCGUGGGAGAACAAGCACUCAGCUGUGGAGGGCCUUGGUGCUAGAAGAGCUGAGUCCCGCCCUGCGCAGCACCAACUUCUCCUGUGUUUUCGCGGAUCCCGAACACAUUGCCCAGCGUCACAUCGUCCUAGCCCAGCUCUGGACUGGCCUGAGGACAAUCCUGCCCCCAACUCAAGAAGCCCUGCCCUCCAGCCACAGCUGCCCACAUCAGCAGAGUCAGGAAUCAGCACCCAGUCCCAGCAGCAGGACAGCAACCUUGACCAGAGUCUGGGCACCACCUAGCUCAUCGUGACCCUUUCUUCUCUCAGGCUGUGCAAGGCAAGCAGUACAGCCUUCCCCACCCUAUGCCUGUCCUGCCUUGGAUUUGGCUCUGGAGUCCCUCUCCUCUUAAGGUUCCUGCUUUAAUUCUCUCCUCUGCAUCAUCCCUGCUCUCAUCAAAUUCAGACUCCCCUCCCAUCUACCUAGGGAAUCAUACAGUAACUUCCUAAAUGUUUUUUCCUCCUGCCUGCUGCUCUUUCCACCCACUGAUUUCAUUUUUCUAAUGUCCUACUCUGACCACACUGCUGUAGUACUCAGCAACCUCCAGGAACCAUCAGUGGCUCAGCCUCACAUUUCCAACGUAACCUUCCAGCAUGCCAAAAAAGUAUUCUUCUUUGUUCCCAGAGUACUCUUUUGUGCCUUUGCUCAUUUGGUCCCCUCUGCCUAACCAUCCCUACAGUUGAAAUCCUUCCAAGCCUGUUGAAGUACCUCUUCAGUGAAGUCUACCCUGUCUCAGCUCUGGCCACAUUCUGCAUUGAUUUACUAUUGUGCCUGUAUUCUGUUUGUAUUUUUCUCUAAUGGACUGCCCUCAGGGAAGCAAUGGAGCAGAGGCUGCUUCUGAUCCACAACUGUAUCUUGGUCAUUACCAGCUGAGUACUCAUAAAUGAUUAUUUACUGGAGGCCUCUGCUCAGUCAUUUAGGUCCAAGUUCCAGUCACAGGAAUUUGGCCUUGCCCAAGGAGGGAGGGACUGCCACACAGAAACUAAAGACAAAACCAGAUUCAGGAGAACCGUUCAAAAAGAGAAGAGAAGAGAGAACAAUUCUACACUGUUCCUCAGGAGCACAGGCCAGAAGGGAUUUGAAGUAGGUGGUUCUAGAAGACUCAGCAGGGACAAAAGGUCAGAUGAUGGGGGUCAGAGUUGAAACCAUUUUCCGGAGGAAAUAGUAAACAUGGUAUGCCUCAAAGA